AUACCUAACAAACCAACACAACACGAGCAUUUGGUACUCAAAACAUGGGUCCAAUAAUUCUUGAGCUCCUCUCUGCAACUCUACUCUUUUUCAUCACUCAUUUCUUCAUAAAAAAAUGUGUUCAAUCAAGGCUCAGCCACCGGUUGCCACCAGGCCCUGCUGGCUGGCCGGUGGUGGGUUGCUUGCCUCUCCUGGGGCCCAUGCCGCACUUUGCCCUAUCUAAGAUGGCAAAAAAAUACGGACCCAUUGUGUACCUAAAAAUGGGCACUUGUGACAUGGCGGUUGCAUCCACGCCAAACGCGGCUCAUGCAUUUCUCAAGUCCUUAGACCAUAAUUUCUCAAACCGGCCACCCAAUGCCGGUGCAACCCACAUUGCCUAUGGUGCACAAGAUUUUGUUUUUGCAGACAUUGGACCACGGUGGAACUUGCUUAGGCAGUUGAGUAAUUUGCAUAUGCUUGGAGCUAAAUCAUAUAAAGAUUGGGCUCACAUUAGGAGAAAAGAGCUUGGGCAUGUGAUCCAAGCUAUGUUUGAAUUAAGCCAAAAGGGUGAACCCGUGGUGGUCCCAGAAAUCUUAUUAUGUGCCAUGGCUAACCUAAUAGGACAAAAAAGUCUUAGCCGUCGCGUAUUUGCCACACAGGGUUCGGAGUCCAAUGAGUUCAAGUACAUGGUCGUGGAACUCAUGAGACUGGCGGGGUUGUUCAAUAUUGGUGAUUUUAUACCAGCGAUUGCGUGGAUGGACUUACAAGGGAUUGAGAGGGAAAUGAAGCGUCUACACGACAAAUUUGAUGAUUUAUUGACAAAAAUGAUUGAAGAACACUCGUUCACCGCACACGAACGUGAGGGAAAUCCAGACUUUCUCGACGUUGUGAUGGCCAACAGGGAGGUUUCCGGUGGCUUGGAGCUCACAAUGACCAAUAUUAAAGCACUUCUCUUGAACUGGUUCAUUGCCGGCACCGAUACAUCAGCAAGCACAGUUGAAUGGGCGCUAGCAGAGAUGAUUAAGAACCCUAAAAUUCUUGAGCUUGCACAAGUAGAAAUGGACAAAGUAAUUGGAAGAAACCGCCGGCUUGAAGAGUCUGAUUUACCUAAUCUCCCAUACUUACAUGCCAUAUGCAAGGAAACAUUCCGGUUGCACCCAUCAGUUCCCCUCAGUAUUCCUAGGAUAUCCACCAAUGCAUGUGAGGUGAACGGUUACUACAUUCCGAGGAACACUAGGUUUUUUGUUAAUGUUUGGGCAAUUGGGCGAGACCCUGAUGUGUGGGAGAAUCCACUAGAGUUCAACCCGGAUAGGUUUUUGAUCGAAAAGAAUGCAAAGAUUGAUCCUUGGGGCAAUGAUUUCGAGCUCAUACCAUUUGGUGCCGGGAGAAGAAUGUGUGCCGGAAUAAGGAUGGGAAUUUCAGCUGUCGAGUACAUUUUGGGCACACUAGUGCACUCAUUUGAUUGGAGGCUCCCAGAUGGCAUUGAGCUCAACAUGGACGAGGCAUUUGGACUGGUGUUACAGAAGGCUGUGCCGCUUUCAGCAAUGAUCGUCCCACGGUUGCAGACAAAUACUUAUAAGCCCUGACUUGAAUUGAAGUUUCAGGACUGGGAGAAGAUAGGUAUCAUUUAAAGGUAUGUCCAAAUUAGGAAAAAAAUGGUGACAAGGAUAGUACCAGCAUUUAAGGUUGUUUGAACUGCUGCAAUACAAGCAUGUUAGUAUUCGUGGAGUCGAGAAAUGCUGUUCUUGAAAUAAUAAGUAAUCCCUGUGGAAUGAAAGAGCUAUCGUGAUGGCACCAAAAUGGGGAUGGGUAUGUCCUAUCUACCAAUGUUGUGGGAGAUCCUCAAAAAUGCCUAGUCACCAUUUGUUCGCCUUCAAAAGUAGCGAUAAUUUCAAAACCUAGGGUUGAUAAUUCCAAACCAUUUUUUUUGUUGCAA